AUGUUGCUAACUAUAAUUCUACUCACUUCGAUUUUGACAUCUGAAACUUUUCAAAAAUCACCGUAUUUUUUCAAAUGCCCUGAAAGGUGCCAAUGUUAUGAGGAUAAUGAGCAAAAAUCGCAAGUACAUCUAAUUUGCAAAUGGGAGCAGGUGAGCGAGGAACUGGUUUUUACUAUGAAUGAAAAUGAUACUAAUCGAUUUGAUGUUUUAAUUAUGAUUCGCAAUUUACCCAUUUGUUCAUGCGAAAAUUAUGUGUACUAUUCAAAAAUACUUUGUUGUUUUUUUGGUGGGAAAAAGGGAUAUUUCGGAAAACAAAAAAAAACAACAAAAAAGAUUGGGAAACAAAAGUAAAAAUGGAAGUGCGCUCUAACGAACACUUCAGUUUUCAUUUUUUGCUCGCAAAAAUUCAAACAGUUUUUUUUUCAUACGCGCAAAAAUGUUUGUUUUGAAAAGAAAAUGAAUGAUUUUCAGCUCAACACGACCACAUUUCGCCAUCUUCAAAGACCAGAUCUUGUUCGCACUCUCACAAUUCGUUGUCCACAUUUCUUCUCACAAGUUUCCACCCCAACUCCUGGAUUAUUCCAAGGAUUUGUGAAUUUGGAUCGACUUGAAAUUGAUCGAUGUAAAAUUGACAAAGUUCCGAAUUCGGUUUUUGCUGGGCUUGGUCAACUUAUCUCGUUGAUUGUGAAAAAUGCAAAUAUCCGAGAGCUUCCAGCCGAAGUUUUCGCUUAUAUUCCAAAGUUGAUGACAUUGGAUUUAUCGGGAAAUAAAUUGAAAAUUGAACCACAUUCGAUCAGAUCCUUACAGUAAGUUAACUAUUUAUUAAUGAAAAACUCGGAACUAAUUUUGAAAAAAUUUCAGCGAGCUGAUACAUUUGGAUUUGAGCGACAAUGAAAUCGGAUUUUUGACAAAUACAUUUCUUGGAUUGGUGAAACUUCGUGUUAUUACAAUGAAUAACAAUAAAAUUACAAAUAUUGAUUUUCGAAGGUUUCCGGAAAACCUUACCGAUCUUUCAAUGCGACGCAAUCUGAUAUCAAAUAUUCAUUAUACAAGUGGAAGUGCGAGAAAUUUGAAAAGACUGGAUUUGGCUGGAAAUAUGAUCGAAUUCAUAUCUUCAUCAGCUUCGGGAAGUGUGAAUGUUCUUCCCGCCGAAUUGAAACACGUGGAUUUGUCUUCAAAUCGAUUGAAUCAAAUUUAUGAAGGAUCGAUCAAUCAUAUGAAACAUCUGGUAUUGCUGGAUUUAAAGUGAGCUUGUAAUUGUAUUUUCACAAAAACUUUUAUUUUGUUUUCAGAAAUAACACAAUCAAAGAACUUCGAUUCUCAAGUCUUCGCGGAUCAAAAACACAAAUGAAAGUGUUCUUAUCAAAAAACCCACUUGGCUGUCAUUGUAGUCACAAAUGGAUGACUAAUUCGAAAUCGAAAAAUAUUACAAUUGUUGAUUUGCCAACUGUGACAUGUAAAGAGAUUAUUGAACCUUUCAGUGAAAUGUUAUUGAUGUUGGCAGAAUCGAGGAAUCAGUUAUUGUGUAAAUAUUCGAAUGUGAGUAGAUUGGAAGUAAAUUAUAUAUUUAGUAAUUUGGGAGUUUCACGUUUUGAACAAAAUGUUCAUGAAAUCUUCAAAAAUUAUCAAAAACUUUUUCUGAAAACUAAAAAAUAUGAAAGUUCCAGUUAUUGAUUUUUUUUUAAUUUGUGAAAAUGUUCGAAAAACAUCUAAAUUUUUCAGAUGUGUGAAGAUGGUUGUGAUUGUUGCGAGAAACCGGAUUGCAAAUGUCGGUUCGAAUGUCCCGAUUCUUGUAACUGUUGGAGAUCAUCUGACACUUCAAAUAUCAAGGUAAUAUUUUUCGUUUGCAAAAACAAGUUUUUCAAAUUUUGGAUUAUGAUCAAAAUCUUCGAUUGA